GUGGCCGGUGACUGCCAACUGCCACAGUCAUGGUGGCCAGACCAGAGUCAAGGGCACAUGUCAUCGCCACCUUGUCUCGCCUAAGAAGACAAAGGAAGAACGGGUCUGCGUCAUGUUAGGUCUGUCGCUCGCGGGAGUCCCUCGAGCCCACCACGAACAAGAUACAACUCAUCUCCGUCCACCGAAAAAUCUUUCGAGUGUAAUCGUUCUUCGUGCGUCAACGUCGACAUGGUCGACCCACGCCGCGUAAAGCAGCAGAGUUUUUGGUUUUGCCCCACCACCAUUUGCAACGAUUUCAUUGCUUCACGGAGCGACAAAUUUGGAUUCACCGCCGAUGAUGCCCACAGCAUUCCGCAUCGGCCGAUGCUACCGAAACAUGAAAGGCGCUUGGCGCUCGUACUUCUACUCAAACGAGCAUGCACGGUCAUGCAGAAUCACGCCGACUGUAUUGUGCAAGUUGCAAACUUGAUGUAGGGGGGAAUUAUCGCCUCUGCGGAGCGUGGAACUCGUUGCAAACCAACCGAUCUUACUUUCGACCAGCUAGCUUAGCGACUGCCGACCGCAUGGACGUCGAUUCCGUGUGUCGAUAUCGAGGAUGGUGCGUCGGCACUCCCUUGUUGGGGCGGACGUGCUGCCCACGCGAAUCCGAACGUUGUCAAGACUCUCGACAUGACCGUACCGCCAGACUGGAUACCGAGUCACAGUAUUCGCGAGUGCCGCGCCAUUCAGGAGAUAGAGUCAUGCGAUGUGCACUCGGCCCUCCACUGAAAUUAUUUGGCACCCUCUUCGUCGUGCCUGCUGCCGCCACCAAACAAUCCGUGAGCAAACUCUCGGCUGAUGAACGCUCCGUGCUGCCCGCACUGUUGAGCGAGUGGCCCAGGGUUUGGACCCUGCAGCCGCGGUGCAAGGUUUGUUGUCCCGCGUCACCAAAAGGCCGGCAGAGACGGAAAACGGCGCGCUCCAGCGGUAACUACAUACGCUAACAAGCUCGCGAUCGAAGGGGUCCGUCGCAACAACCCCGACACCACGUUCGCUCGUUUGCUCUCAUGGCGCCAACUGAAUUCAAAAAGAUCCUGGAGGAUGUGCUCAUCGAAGAAAGCCGAAGUGCCUUCCGCUCGGUCCCCGAGGCCAACUAAAUCGUGAUGGAGCGUCAUGGCCUGGACCACUGGCAAGUGCGUCAAUCUCGUGCGCACAGCGUGGGCCUUCUCGGCCGUGAGUGCCGCUGUAUCGUGACUGGAGAGCCCCUCGUCCUGCCGUCAACACGCAGUCUCCGUCGAUGCUGGUCGAAACGGGCAGUUCGGUUGUGAUCACGCAAUGCCCCGGGUCGUGCUCGGACCACUCCGUCGUCGCUGUGGGCUACAGUGUGACAUGGUAGUACUACCGUAUUUGUCGUACUCC